AUCUCAUCAAAAUCAAAAACAAAUCAGUGCAGUGAAGUGAAUGACGGCGCAGCUCAAUAAAUGGUGGUAGUAGUGCCAAAUCAGGAUCACCAUCAUUCCUCCUUCAUCUUCAAAAGGCUCAAGAGGGAGGAAUGCAGCCACACCAAACAUGAUUCUAUCUUCUCCAAAUGGAAGAUUUUAAUUGGUGCUUCCGAUUGGGAAGAUCAUUCAAAGGGAAAAGAAGGAUGUGCAAGAUACAGGAUCCAUAACCUGCCAGAAAAAGCUUGUCCAGGUGUAUAUGAGCUUGGAAUAGCUGUGUCAUCAAGGAAUGAUUUGGGGAGGCAAAUUUACAAACUUGCCCCUGAGUGUGUAGUUGUGACUUACCUUGGAGAAACUGAUAAUGUAAGGGAUAGGCUGCAAUGCUAUGGCAGAGAUGGAUCUCAUUUGCACAGCAAAACUUCUCUUCAAUACUCAAUUUAUGAUUCUCUCCAAAAGAAGAGGCCAUUGUUUCAGGAGAUCUUUUCACAGGGAUACCCUAUUGUUUAUAGAUGGGUUGCUAUGAACAAUAAAGAAGAGGCCAAGAGAAUAGAGUCUCAGCUGCUCAAAACAUUUGAUUAUGCAUGGAAUAUAAGCAGUAAUGGUUGCCGACGGCCAAACGAUAUUCUUCAAAAGAUAAACAAGAUUUCUUCCAGCACAAGAACAAUCUCAGAUAAGGCCAGGGAGCUCCUACCUUUCACCCGAAAACAAGUCGGUAUCCGAAUCAAAGUGGAUGAAGAAGAAGAAGACAGUGAUGGCAUCUACAGUUUCCUAUCUAGGGUGUUCAAAUUCAACAAAUCAAGGCCUAAGAAAGUCGAAAAUAUCGUCAUUGCCAAUCAGCAGGAUGCUGUAAUUUGUGGGGUGGCUUUAGGUGAUGGUUCUGUCUGUAUAAAUACACCAGCUGAAAGAAGAAAGAGGUGUCCUCAACACAAAGGAAUGAGAAUUAAUAAUGUGUCCCCUGCCAAAGCAUUUGUAUCCCCAAAAUCAAAGAGCAAUUUGGUUCCAGAAAUCAAUAAGUUUAUGGACCAAAAUGUUAGCAAUGAUGAUGUACAAGACAUUCCAAAAAAACCAGUUGGAGAGAGUAGUAGUAAAACCAAUAUAUGUGGAAUCAUAUUGUAUGAUGGUUCACCUUGUAGAAGAGUACCGGUUAAAGGAAGGAAAAGGUGCCAAGAGCAUAAAGGAAAGAAAAUUUAUGCCAAGCAGAAGAUGAUUUAAGGAUUUGGUGAUUUGUUCUGUUGUUGUAUAAGGUAACUUGUUAGAUUAUGUUUAAUGUCCAAAAGGAAAGUGAGUCAACACAAGAAAAUGUGAGGACAUCAAGUCCUAAUUCUGUUGGUUGACAAAAUAUAGAGGAAAAUAAUGUAUUUAAUGUUUCAUGUUGUUGUAAUAUGAAUUGUAU